CGGGACUCCAUGUUCGUUUACUGUGGUUACCUAGCAACCUCCUCACGCAUGCGCAGAGGAGUGGAGUAGAGAGGUACAGUGCAGGUCAGUUGUGCCCCUUCGCCGGAGCCCAUGACAAGGACAGCAGCCCCAGCACCAGCUCUCCCACGUCUUGGAAAACGUGCCUGCUCCGCCAGCAGGAAGACGGGGUGUUUCACAAGGGGCACGGGAAGGGGGGUUCCCCCUGCCACGCCUGUACCGCGCGGAAAGCGAGCGCGCCGUCUCGGGGCCCGCGGGGGAAGUCACCCCGCCCUUUGUGACGUCAGCCCGGCCCGUGCUGUGAUCAGGAAGUCUCCCUCACACCGUGGGGCUUUUCAAAAGCACUUUCGAGCAGACCCGCACUGCCGAACUGGUGAAAUGUCUCUGCGUGUAGCAAGUUAACCAGGCCAUUAAGGGGGCGAAAGACAAAGCCGACGCUUCGGUCUUUAUGUUUUCAGAAAUUGUUAGUUAUGACUUAUGAGGUAGUACUGGACACCAUCUGCAAGUAUUAUGAGCCCCAGGUGAGGUCCCUCAGCAGCUAGCGGAGACGGCAGCCUGAAUCUCUCGGGAAAGUGAUGGCGUCCUCGUCCGACCUGGAAGACGGGUACGGAGCCAGCGAGCCCCUGAAGACGCACAUCCAGAACUCCCGGGACCUGCUCGUGGCGGCGCUGUACAACAUCGCGCCGCUGCUGGACCACCUGCUGGCGGCCCACGUCAUCACGGACGACAACUACAGCGACGUGCAGGCCGAGAGCACGGCCAGGAACAGGGCGCGCAAGCUGCUGGAGGUGGUGCACUGCCAGCUGGACGAGGAGAAGACCCGCCACUUCCUGGAGUGCUUGAGGAAGUGCCGGCACCAGUACCCCCGGCUCCGGGACUGGCUGAACACCGAGCCCGCCGAUAUCAAGCGAGGCCCAACAGAGCAGAAGCUGCAGGGCCAAGUCAGCGAGCUGUGUCACCGGCUGGGCCCCCUGGUCACCCCCCUGUCCGUGCGGCUCUACUCCGAGGGCGUGCUCUCGCUGUUCGAGCUGGAGCAGGUGCAGGCUGCAGCCGCCCCCUUCCUGCAGACCCAGAAGCUGGUGGCCCUCUGCCUGGCCCGCGGGGAGGCCGCCUGCCGCAGCUUCUACCAGGCUCUGCGCCGCGAGGACGGCUUCCUGGCCGGGGACAUCGACGAUUGCACGUCUUCAGUGAAGUCCUGGGAGGGUGGUGUCAAUGCAAUCCAGCCAGUGAGCACCAUGUCUGAUGCACAUCCGCCGAUAUUGGCAACAACCAGCUGUGCCUUAGCUGUAGAAGAAACGAGCCCUGUUGAAGACAUGCUCCAAAACCUGACCCUCAGGACCGAGUACGGAAAGGAGAUCGAUCUGCCCGCUGCGGAGAAAGACGUCAUCAGCCAAGUGAUGGGGCAGCUGGGCCUGCAGCUGGACGCGGGGAUGACCCUGAACGUCUGCGAGCUGGGCGUGGCCCUGGGGCUGCCGCGCAAGGCGGCCAGGGAGUGCCUGCUGGAGCUGGACAGCACCGGAGACCUGCACCAGCUGGCUGCCGUAGUGCACUGCUUCAUGGAGAAGACCCAGGACCCCAGCCGGCUGCUGGCCAAGGCCGCAGCCUGCGACACGAACAGACUGAGGCUGUCGGAGAGGGGCCGCCUGCUGCUGGAGAUGCUGCAGGAGGCCGCAGCCCAUCUCGAGAGGGGGCAGCAGCAGCAGCAGCAGGAGGAGGAGCAAAUCCAGAAGUGCUGGCACCUUUUCAGCUUCCUUGCCUGGGACUGCCUGGCCGUGGUGGAGGAGGACCCGCCCGCCGUGCCCUGGUCCGGGCCGCUGGGCGCCGUGGAGCGACUCAAGAGGGAUGGGCUGGCGGAGCCGGAGCUGGUGCAGGAGCUGGAGGAGUGCUGGGCCGAGCAGACCCCCGCCAGCCUCCGGCAGAGCCUGUGCGUCCUGGCGCAGCUGCUGAGGGACCUGCACCCCCGGCUGGACAGCGCGGAGUUCUCGGCCCGCUUGGAGGGAGAGGUUUACCGCUGCAGGCCGCGCGGCCUGCACAGGCUCACCCGCUUCAAGGGCCUGGCCCCCAGGGUCAUCUACAAGGUGCUGCAGCAGCGGGCCCCGCCGGCGAGGGAAGACCCAGCUGUCUUGGGGGAUGGGGCCGUGGUGGCCGCGCAGUACAAGGAGAUCUGCCUCAAGAUCGCCCAGCUCCUGGCCCGGGUGGCUAAGCGGGGGCAAGGCGCCGACCUCGCGCAGGCCCCGCUAUCGGAUAUCAUCCAGGAAAUCCGGUCGGCACUCUCCACUCCCGAGCUCGCGCCGGACGCCUUCGACGGUGGACUUCAUUUCCGGCUGCUCUCCGUGGUCGAGUUCAACCCCCUGGUCCUAGGUGUGCCGUCCCUGGUGACCCUGCACUGGCACACACUCCGCGUCCUGGAGGAGUACCUGCGGAGCAGCGACAGGCACUCGUUCCAGUUUGUCUUCGAGGACGUGCGGAUGGCGGGCGGCUGGGCGGAGCUCGGGGGCAUCCGCAGCGUGCUGGGCCCCAUCGCCAUCGACAACGGCGUGGAGGAGGUUUUCCAGUUCUCGACGUCCGAGCCGGCCUCCUUCCUCGUGCGCCUGCACUGCCGCGGAUACAGAGGGCAAGAGCAUUUCCGACGCAGCGAGCCGCGCUCUUUCCUAAUAUCUGGCCUGCCCGAUGAGGCAACACCAGAGCUGGAAAGGGAGGGAGCCGGCGUGGUGCUGCUGGCCGAGCCGGGGAAAGCGUGGCUCAGGCUGCGCAGCCCAGAGGGACCGAAGGCCGGGCUGCAUGCCCUCGCUCAGCGGUACUCCGCGCUGCUGCAGGAAGGCAGCUGCUGCUUCCUCAUCAAGUCGUCCGGGCGGCAGUGCGAGGUCAAGUUCACUUUUAAAAACGGGCAGAUCGCGGCCACCGAGAAAAACGGCUGCACCGUUCUGUGAAUUUUGGAUGGGUCAGCCAUUUGUCAGAAGCAGGGUUCUUCAUAUCAAUAUGGGGAAGCUAUCUUUUAGGGUAGCACAGUGUCUGUUUUUAUGGACUCUUAUCCACGUGCCUUAGAAAUGGUUACUGAACACUAUGAGUAAGUGGCUUGUUGCAGAUAUUAAUGACCUUACAUGAAUGGGCUCCUUACCCAGUUUUGGGAGAGGCUAGUGGUUUAGACUACCGGCGGUUUUCAGCACAUUUGAGGUUUUCCUACUGUUUGACAAUCCUAUUAUUUUUUGUAAAAAAAUGUGAAAGUGGCACCUUGCAUAAUAGGGGUCUGUUCUUCCUUGAGAUUAGGAGUUGAUGAAGCAUGUAUUUCAAAAAGUAUUUGAAACGGAGCAUGAAAAGAAACUUACCACUUAGAGCUGCAGCAAAUUCUCAGUUAUCAUGAUCACACUUAUCUUUUUGUGUAGCAUAGAGACUGAGAUUAUGUUGAAGGGACAUGACAGAUGCUGCAUGCCAAUGAUCAUUUGUGGGCAACUGGGCUGAUCAACAGGACAUCUGUGGUGAAGUAAGUGUAUGAAUUUAUCAAAACGGUGCCAAAUCCAAAACAUUUAAUCAAUAUAUCUUUUUCUUAAACCGACUAUGCAUGGAGUGGUGUUUUUUUGGUGCUUAGUACAGUAAUACCUCAUAUGUUGUCUAUGAAUGUCUGUACCUCCUGGAUCUGGAUGACUGAUAUGAAGCUGUAGUAAUUCCUGGAUGCCUUCAGCUGUUAGCAAUAAAAUCUUUUAAUU